AUGAACCUGCCGGCGUCCUCUGCGGCUGCUCCAGUGCAUUCCACAGUGUCGGGUGGGUCGUCGUUCAGCUGUAACAGCGCACCAGGGUCUUCCGGUUUGUCGGCCAUGGGUGGGUCGUCAAGUGCGGCUGUCGGCGAGACGGGCCAUCGGCAAUCGGCCUGUCCAUGUCGUGGUGGUUCACGCGCCUUGGUGACGAAUUUUGAUUUCAAUGGUACCAAUGGAGGUGUGUAUGAUGGCCGACCGAUUUUUUACAAAGAGCCCGAGCCGUUUGAGGAGAAUUUUCUUGGUGAUGUGGGCCCUAUUCUCAUUGCUAGGAACCAGGUAGUCCCUUUUUCAACAGAUCCUAUCAUUGAAAAUAGAGCUGAUACAGUUGCCUCCAACUCUUUGAAGGAGGACUCCCUUUUACAUCCUUUAGAUCCUCCAAGAAAUCCAGCUGGAAAGAUAUCAAUUAAUGCAGUUUCAGGCAAUGAGGAAAUUCUGAAUGGAAUGGAAGUUGAGAUUAAUACACAAAUGGAAGGAGAUCCCAUCUCAACUAAACCAAUGCAAUUGCUGACCGCCGCCGUUGAACCGCACCUCCGUCAAUGGCCGUACGUCGAUGGUGUCGUCAUCGUUAGAGACGUAGCCGCGCCGCUUGAUAAAUAUCCUCGUUCCAAUCGUGGCGCCUGCUCCCACAUCUUUGUUCACGCCUCCGCCAGUCUUCUGUCGAGUCGGAUUCCAGUUAUUCUCGCUAAUAGGUUAUAUGAAUAA